UUUUGUAUUGUGACCCUACAGAGCAGCAAGCAUUUCGGAGUAGUAGAACCUUCACUCUCUGCUCAGCAUUCUCUUCCCUCUUUCUCUCUGUUUUCUUUCAUUUGUUUUUUCUCAAUUCUCAUGGCUAAAAUGUCUGGUACGGUAAUGAGUUUGUUGUUUAUGGCUCUUGUUGUAACGGUGAGUUCCGUUAGCUCAGCCAAGUUUGAAGAGCUUUUCCAGCCUAGCUGGGCUAUGGACCAUUUUGUCUACGAAGGAGAGCUUCUCAAGCUCAAACUUGACAACUAUUCUGGUGCUGGGUUUUCAUCAAAGAACAAAUAUAUGUUUGGGAAAGUGACCAUCCAGAUUAAGCUCAUCGAGGGUGAUUCUGCUGGAACUGUUACUGCUUUUUAUAUGUCAUCAGACGGUCCAAACCACAACGAGUUUGAUUAUGAGUUCUUGGGAAACACCACUGGAGAGCCCUAUUCGGUUCAGACCAAUAUUUACGUGAAUGGAGUAGGUAACAGAGAACAGAGACUGAACCUGUGGUUCGACCCCACCACGGAAUUCCACUCAUAUUCCAUUUUCUGGAACCAACGCCAUGUUGUUUUUAUGGUGGAUGAGACUCCAAUUAGAGUGCACACCAAUAUGGAGGAGAAGGGCAUUCCGUUCCCAAAAGACCAAGCCAUGGGCGUGUACAGCUCCAUUUGGAACGCGGACGACUGGGCCACACAAGGCGGUCGGGUCAAGACGGACUGGUCCCACGCGCCGUUUGUGGCCUCAUACAAGGGAUUCGACAUCAACGCGUGCGAAUUCCCCGCCACAGUUUCCGCCGCCGACGGUGCCAGGAAGUGCAGCAGCUCCGCCGAGAAGAGGUUCUGGUGGGACAAGCCCACAUUGUCGGAGCUCAACCUCCACCAGAGCCACCAGCUCAUGUGGGUCCGGGCCAACCACAUGGUCUAUGAUUACUGCUCCGACACUGCUAGGUUCCCCACCAUCCCCCAGGAAUGUGUCCACCACCGCCACUAAAACACUACUACUACCACUGCCAUUACUACGGCUCUCUCAAAAAAAAAAAAAAAAAAAAAAAAAAAAAGUAAACAAGUGGGGAGGAUCAAAGUGAGCUUCUUGUUAUGUAUAAAAACAUGUGCUCCAUGUUUUUUUUUUGUUUGUUUUUUUUAUUUUUGGUUUAUUAAGUUUGUUUAUUUGUUUGUUUUAUGUUGUUCUUCCUCUGUAGUUAAAAUUUCACCUUGUAUUAUAUAAGAAAGUUUUUUUUUUUUUUUUGGCUA